CUGGAAUGUCACCGCCACCAAACGUUCCCAUCGUCUGAAACGUCUCUCUCUCUCUGCUCACCAACAAUGGCAAAGUCUCCGAGGAUGUCGUCGUCCACGUGUUUCUCUCUUCUCUUUCACUUAAUCUUGACCGUUGGAUUGCACCACCGUCAAGUCCGAGGGACCGUGUCUCUGCGAACGACGCCGGAACGCAAUCUUCAAGUGCCGGAGAACUCGCCGUUUAAGAUCGCUUUGUUCGCCGACUUGCACUUCGGAGAGGACUCGUGGACCGACUGGGGUCCACAGCAAGACGUGAAUUCUGUGAAGGUCAUGUCGACUGUACUGGAUGAAGAACACCCAGAUUUUGUAAUUUAUCUUGGGGAUGUCAUCACGGCAAACAAUGUACUAAUACAAAAUGCAAGCUUAUAUUGGGAACAAGCUCUCUCUCCAACAAGAGCCAGGGGUAUUCCAUGGGCGAGUGUGUUUGGAAAUCAUGAUGAUGCACCAUUUGAGUGGCCAAUGGAAUGGUUUUCAUCCACUAGAGUUCCUCAAAUACAUUGUCCUGCUUCAGCAAAUCACUCAUACUCAGGAGGAGAGGACUGCAGCUUCAGAGGCACUACACGUUUGGAGCUGAUGAACUAUGAGAUUGAGCAUAACACAUUAUCAUACUCUAGAAGUGGUCCUAAAGAUCUAUGGCCAAGUGUUUCCAAUUAUGUUCUUAAACUUUCAUCAUCAAGUGAUCCUGAAUUGCCUGUGGCAUUCAUGUAUUUCUUGGAUUCUGGUGGUGGAUCAUACCCGGAGGUUAUAUCAAAUACCCAAACAGAAUGGUUCCGCCUCAAAUCUCAAGAGAUCAACCCUGAUGCAAGGGUGCCCGAGUUAAUAUUUUGGCAUAUACCCAGUAAAGCAUAUAAGAAGGUUGCUCCAUGGUUUUAUGCACGCAAGAAUUGCGUGGGUUCACUUUUCAUGGAGAGUGUUGCAGCUCAAGAAGCUGAACUGGGCAUGAUGAAACUACUUGAAAAAAGGCCUUCUGUCAAGGCAGUGUUUGUAGGUCACAACCAUGGAUUAGACUGGUGCUGCCCUUACAAGAAGAUGAGGCUGUGCUUUGCUAGGCAUACUGGUUAUGGUGGAUAUGGAAACUGGCCUAGAGGAGCUCGAGUUUUGGAAAUCACACAGGAGCCAUUCUCUGUUAAGUCAUGGAUUAGGAUGGAAGAUGGCCAUUCUCACAGUGAAGUCAUCUUGAGCUCCUGACGAUUGGGAUGACAGUAAUCAAAGAAAGAAUCAGGAUCAGUUAAUAUGGCUUUUGAAAUUCAAGAAAUAACAGUUCUCAUGACUUGGGCAUCAUUAAUAGUAGUGUUCAUAUUAGUUUAGGAUAGAAUUUAGUAUUGUAAUUAAGGUUGUAUCAAGUUUUCUUGUAAAGAAUUGGAUUGUACCCAUUUUUUUUGUGUCUUGAGGUUUGGACCGCAAAAAUUUGUGUAUAUGGACUAUGGAGUCAAGAUAAGAUUGAUCAAAUUACUUUAAUAAAAUUCCUUCC